AUGGCUCCUCCUUCAGAUAUCAACCAUCUCUCAAACCCUUGCAUUUAUGCAGGGGAUUUUUCUUCUUCAUACUCAGAGAGGAAGUCUGGUUUUAUGAAAUGGUUUGGUAAGAUUUUCAAAAUUGGUUCUAAUCGAGGAAAAGGCGGUAGUCAUCAUCUGCAGCAACCGACAGAGGAAAACAUGGCUUGGCGAGCGCCACCUAGAUCGUUGGAUAACCGUGCUAGAACGAAGAAAGAGGAUGAGGAUUUGAGCAAUGCAAUUGCACUUUCUUUAAAUGAAGAUUUAAAGAUACCAGCAGGAUAUAGAUGGCGAACGGGAGCUAAUGAUGAUUAUGCAAAGGGACUUCAGGAUCGUAUGCAUUCGUCUCUACACCCUCCAUAUGCCCCUUUACCGUAUUAUCCCCGGGGAUACAGCAUGCCAUCGCAUACUAGAUUAUGUGGAGGGUGCAACAAGGAGAUACUCUAUGGGAAUUGUUUGGGAGUCGAACAGAGUUAUUUUCAUCCAGAUUGCUUUCGGUGUCACUCUUGCCAUCAUCCUAUUACCGAGCGUGAGUUUUCUUUGUCAGGGAAGCAUCCAUAUCACAAAUAUUGUUUUAAAGAGUUAAGCCAUCCUAAAUGUGAAGUUUGUCAUCAUUAUAUACCUAUAAAUGGUUCUGGUUUGAUUGAGUAUAGGUGUCACCCUUAUUGGAACCAAAAGUACUGUCCAUCUCAUGAAUAUGACAAUACUGCUCGCUGUUGUAGCUGCGAAAGAUUAGAGUCUCGUGGAGAGAGAUACUUUAGAUUGGAUGAUGGACGGAUUCUGUGCUUUGAGUGCAUGGAAUCUGCUAUAACAGAUACCAGUGAAUGUCAACCUCUUUAUCAUGCUAUUCGAGACUAUUAUGAAGGAAUGCAUAUGAGAAUUGAUCAACAAAUCCCGAUGCUUCUAGUUGGGACAGAAGCACUUAAUGAAGCCAUUGUUGGAGAAAAGAAUGGUUACCAUCAUGUUCCGGAAACAAGAGGCUUAUGCCUUUCAGAAGAGCAAACUGUCACCAGUGUACUGAGUGUUCUUUCUUGGUCUCGAAUUUAA